AUGGAUGGCAGAAGGAGCAGGGCUUUUACUGAGCCAUCUGAAGCACAAGACAUUUUUCGAGACCCUGAUGAUCAAACUAAUCAUAAUGGACAAGACGCUCCUAAACCAAUAAUAAUACCCCAACUGAAUAUCAUACCCCCACACAACCAAUCAGAUGAAACAUUAGAGGGCAGUAGUACACAGUUAGAAUCAAAGAUGGCUAAAAUCUUUAGGACUCAUAUUGGCUACAAUAAGGAUACAAGAAAACAUCCAAAACUAUCAUUGCGUACUAAUUCUGAUUCUCAGAUAAGUAUCCAAUCUGAUGGCAUCUCACCAAAUAUCCAUUCUGCAUUUCCAACUUUGCAAAAUAUAGGAACCAAAGAUGAACGACUUCGAAGCCCACUACCAAGUGAAAGAUCUAAUAGGCGGCCAUCUGCUUCCAGUAGUAACCCAGAUGCACCGCCAAGAUCUGCCAAAGUCUUAUCAUUAAUCGCUCCUGAGGAUAUGGACGAAUUUGAAGAUUUGGAGAAAGAAUUUAGAAAUGCCAUAGAUGAAAAAGGUUUGACCUGGCUGCCGCAGGUAUCGCCGAAGAAGCCUGCCACUGUCGAUACCACUUCACAAAACGGUCAUGAUGAACUACGUGUAUCAGGUAAAUGGUCUUAUAACAAUGAACAAACACCAGAAGAGGGGCCAAGUAGAACACCCAACUCAGCUGGAGUAUAUGGAGAUGGUUCAAUAUUUGUAGACGAUAUUGGAUCGAAAGAAUUGGAUACAUCGUUUAAAGAGAAUGAUAUUGCAGUAUCCACUAUUUCAUUACCUUUACCAGAUUUUGAACAACCACUAAAUAAACCUAUCCUUAAGACACUAAAACUAUAUGGUAAUUCGAUUGCUAUGAUUCCUCCAACCAAUCCCAUUAGAAUUCGGUUGGCUAGAUUCCAUACAGACCGAAGGUACAAAACUGCCUAUUUCUUACUACUAUUGUUCUUCACCAUCCUUUUAUCAUACAGAACGUAUAACCCUCGCAAUGUUGAUUUUUUCUAUAUAUUAACGAAUUGGUCGGAUUACGUGAUACUCACAUUAUUUGCUUAUUUCACAGUUAAUGAUAUUACAAAAAUUCUGGCGUUUGGAUUUUGGGAUGAUUCUCAAAUGUUUGAUGCACAAGGUCGAAAUUACAGAACGAUAGUUAAUCGUAUUGGGUUUUGGAAAUCAUACAAGCACUUGAGGAAGAAAUACGGUUCAAAUAUUAUAGAUUUUUUCAUCCCGCCCAAACUUCUUAAUUUGGAGGAAAAGGCCAAAUCAAAAAAGCAUCAUCUAAAAAGCUCCUUAACAAAAGAAGAAUUUGAGCAAGAAGAAAAGUUAUUCUAUUCUCCACGGGCAUUUGCGCGUUCAUCAUGGAAUAGAAUCGAUCUAGUAUCGUCAUUUUCUUUUUGGCUCGGUAUCUUCUUAUCCAUAAGAGGUUAUGACAAGAGAGUUGGUAUACGAGUUUUCAAACCACUUUCGGUCUUGAGAAUAUUACGCUUAGUAAAUACAGAUACAGGUUUGUCAUCGAUUUUGAGGGGGGUAAAACAUGGUAUUCGCCAAUUGAUUAACGUAGGUUUUAUGUUGGUUUAUUUCUGGGCCUUUUUCGGCAUACUUGGUGUACAGACUUUUAAAGGUUCCUUCAGAAGACAAUGUGUUUGGAUUAAUCCGGAAAACCCAACUGACACAUACCAAUAUAGUAAUCAAUUUUGUGGUGGUUAUCUUGAACCUGUAACAAAGGCUAGAAUGCCAUAUGUAUUUGCUGAUGGAUCGCCAGGUCCUAUCUCAAAAGGGUUUCUCUGUCCCCAGUAUUCUCAAUGUAUUUCUAAUUCUAAUCCAUAUAACGGAAGAAUAAGCUUCGAUAACAUUGUCAACUCUAUGGAAAUGGUUUUCAUUAUUAUGAGUGCCAAUACAUUUACGGAUUUGAUGUACUAUACAAUGGAUUCAGAUGAAAUGGCAGCUUGCCUUUUCUUCUUAUUCUCUAUUUUCGUUCUAACAAUAUGGAUGAUGAAUUUACUUAUUGCCGUCUUAGUUUCUUCAUUCGAAUUAGCUAACGAAAAAUUCAAAAGGAAAAAACUGGUAGCACCUUCUUAUGAAAGUAUGCCAGUUCGAUUCAUUAAGGGUUAUUGGAAAUAUUUUCAAGUAAAGGCUGCUCAGACCAAAUUCCCCAAUUGGGCCAGCAGAAGUCUUCGCUAUUACAGAAAAAUUGAGUGGACUAUGGUCGUUCUCAUUCUUACUGAUUUAAUUAUGCGAUCUUGUAUUGAUGCCACCACCACCGCUGACUCUCUUCUAUAUUUCGCCAAAGUUGACAGAGCAAUUUCAAUCGUACUUUUUCUGGAAUCUAUGUUUCGAUUGCUUUGCCAUUUCCCUAACAUAUGGAAGUUUCUGACUAAUACAAGUUAUGUUUAUGAUUUCGUUAUUUCUAUCGUAACAUUAAUCACAUCAUGCUUAGCCGCUGAUAAACGAUUAGGACGUGUAUAUUAUUGGCUUUCAAUUUUCCAAAUCUCCAGAUUUUAUAGAGUCAUUCUCUCCUUUCCGUUUGUCAAGAAAUUAUGGAAACAAGUUUUAAAAAAUGGUAUUAUGAUAUGGAACUUGUCUUCAUUUUACUUUUCCCUCACUUUCCUUUCCUCUAUCAUCAUGGCAUUAUAUUUCGAAGGAGUGAUUCCAUUGGAUGCCAUGCAGGAUAAUUUACUGGGAAUGACAUCAUUGCCAAAUUCAUUUUUAUCUUUGUUUGUCAUUGGGUCCACGGAAAAUUGGACUGAUAUACUUUAUGCUUUGCAGCAAUAUUCUCCUAACAUUUCAUCAGCGUUCUUCUGCUCAGUGUUGCUCAUUAUAUGGUUUAUUCUCUCCAAUUCUGUUGUUUUGAAUAUUUUCAUUGCUUUGAUAUCACAAAGUUUGGAAAUUGAUGAAGACCAAAAAAGACCUCUACAAAUUAAACAUUACCUAAAGUACGUAUACCCACAAAAGAUUCAAGAAUAUACACAUGCAACAUUAAUCACUAGGAUAAGAAAGAAAUUUUUCUCUCGAACUUCACCACAAGAAACAAGCGAUUUUAAACAAUUUUUGAUUCGAGGUACAGCAAUCAUGAAUAUUGCUCAGAAUAUGGAUGAAUUAGCGAAAGAACUUAAGGAAUCACAAGAAGAUGCACCACUAAACACGGUUUUCUUUUGGUGUAGGAAACUCAUAGCAUAUAUUCCAUUUAAAAAGAUUAGACUAUAUUCAGAUAAUCCAUUCUAUAAAAAGCCAGAGGUAGUCUUCACUGAAGUGAAUGACACUAAUGGGAAAACAUAUGUUCUUGAAUUGAACGAAUUUGAAGAUGAGAAACUUGCAUAUUUAAGAAUGCAUCCUGCUUUCAAUUAUUCCUACUUCAUCUUCCCACCUAGACAUAGAUUUAGAAAGUUUUGCCAACGCCUAGUACCUCCAAGUACAGGCAAAAGAACCGAUGGUAUCCGAUUCUAUGAAGAUGAAACAGAUUUAUACAGUAAAAGAAGAUAUUUUCAUCAUUUAGAAAGGGACGUAUUUGUCUUUCUUUAUGCUAUUGUUACUGUUUUGCUAGUUGUUUGUUCCUGUUAUGUGACACCAAUAUAUCGAAGAGAUCAUCAUAUGAACGUAUGGAGUUGGGAUACAUCUUUGGAUUGUGCUUUCAUUUUUGUAUUCCUAUUUGAGUUUAUGGUAAAGACCGUUGCCGAUGGUUGGCUAUACUCUCCUAAUGCAUAUAUAAGAAAUCCAUGGAAUUUAAUUGAUUUCUUGGUUUUAGUUUCGCUAAUAAUUAACCUCGUUUCUUAUUUGCACAAUGAAGGUAAUGUUUCGCGUAUUUUCAAAGGGUUGACAGCGUUAAGAGCUUUGAGAUGUUUGACAAUCAGUACAACCGCUAGACAAACUUUUACGCUGGUUAUGUUUGACGGUAUCAAAAAGAUUGGUGAAGCAGGCCUAAUAUCAUUUAGCUUAUUGUUUCCUUUUACUGUAUGGGGUCUGAAUCUGUUUAGAGGGCGCUUAGGGAAAUGUAAUGAUUCUUCGAUGGGUCUAAAUUCAUGUUUUAAUGAAUACACAGAAGAAGUUUUUCAAUGGGAUAUUAUGAUGCCAAGAGUCUACCAGCAACCGCAUUUGUAUUUUGAUUCCUUUGGAAGUGCUUUCAGAUCACUCUACGAAAUUAUCUCUCUAGAAGGAUGGGUAGAUCUUUUGGAAGAUAUCAUGAAUAGUACAGGUGUAGGUUCCAUCCCAUCAGCUUUUUCUUCAGCGAGUAGUGCAGCUUUUUUGGUUCUGUUCAAUUUCUUAAGUAUGGUAUUUAUCCUCAAUUUGUUUGUUUCAUUUAUCAUCACCAAUCAUGCCAAAACAACAGGCCAAGCAUACUAUACCAUCGAAGAAAAAUCAUGGCUUGAAUCCUUGAAACUACUAACCCAAGUUAAACCAAAAGCCAUCCCUAAUCUUCUUGAAAUAUCCAACUUUAGAAAAUUUUGUUAUAGAAUAGCCGUUGAAAAGACCAACUUUUAUUACGCAAUGUUCCUCCAGAUUGUAUUGUAUGUACAUAUCUUGAUGCUACUAACAAAGAGGUAUACUAAGUCAACAACCAAAACUUCUGCUGAUACGAUAUAUUUUAUGAUUUCAACAACGAUAUUUCUAAUACAAGAAUUACUACGUCUUUGUGGCGAAGGCCUCCACCUGUAUAUCAAGCAAAAAUGGAACAUAAUAAGACUUAUUAUUUUGAUGGAUUCUUUUGUUUUAACCAUCAUUGGGUUUAGCGUACCAUAUAUCUGGGUUUGGUUUCAUAAUAUGAAGGAAGUUUUCCAUCUAAUAUUCUUUCUAUUCCUCAUUCCUCAAAAUGAUAUGCUGAGUGAAUUAAUUGAAACAGCGAUGGCAAGUUUACCACCAAUCCUUUCCUUGACUUAUACAUGGGCGAUUUUAUUUUUGGUUUACGCAAUUGCAUUGAAUCAAAUUUUUGGCCUCACAAGAUUAGGUCCAAACACAACAGAUAAUUUGAAUUUUAGAACAGUGAUCAAAAGUUUGAUUGCUUUGUUCAGAUGUAGUUUCGGAGAAGGUUGGAACUAUAUAAUGGAUGAUUUGACAGUACUUGAACCUUAUUGUUACGUUAACGAUGUUGGCAACAGUGAUUGCGGGUCACUCACGUAUGCCUACAUUCUACUAAUGUCUUGGAAUGUACUUUCCAUGUACAUUUUCAUGAAUAUGUUCAUUACUUUGAUUAUUGGUAAUUUUAGUUACGUUUACAGAGGUGGUGGUGCUAAAUCGGAGAUUAAUCGUUCGGAGAUCAGGAAGUUUGUUGAAGCAUGGGCAAAAUAUGAUUCGGAUGGUACGGGUGAGUUGGACUUUAGUUAUUUGCCGCGAUUAAUGCAUUCUUUUGAUGGUCCAUUAUCUUUCACAAUUUGGGAAGGAAGAUUGACCAUUAAAAACUUAGUAGCUAAUUAUAUGGAGGUGAAUCCGAAUGAUCCGUAUGAUGUUAAGGUAGAUCUCGAAGGACUGAACAAGGAAUUGUCAACUCUGGAUAAAGGUAAGGUGUUACAAAGAAGAUUACAGUACCGGAGAUUCGUUCAAGAAGUUUAUUAUACCAAUGCUUAUAGAGGAGCUCUGAAGUUUUCAAACUUACUCCAGCAAAUCCCAUUAUACACUGCAUAUAAUCCAAGAGAAUGUCUUGGUAUUGAUCAUUAUGUUCGUUAUUUGUACACGAUGGGUAAAGUUGAUAAGUAUUUGGAUAAUCGACGUAAUGUGGAUGUUUUAGACAUGGUCGUUACGAGAUGGAAAUACCGUUUCAGAAAGAAUCAUGGUGCUAAUAAUGAAAAUCAUCUAUUAACUAGAGUAACGCCAGUCGAUCAGAUCUCUGAGGUAAACUUCCCGGACAGCUCAGAAGAAGUUAAUCAAAACGUCUUACCGCCUUUGACUACACCAAGGAUGGAUUUUGGUGUCAACAAUUUUAUGUGGUCACCUAGGAAUGCAGAACAUAGCCACAACCCAUUUGAGAAUCUAUCAACCUCAGAAGAACAUGAAGCUGAUGAUAUUUGA